AAUAGAUGAGCCUCAAGCCAAUUCAAAUGCAAGCCAACUAGAAAGAGAGAGAGAGAGAGAUGGAAGUCAUGCAAGUACUGCAUAUGAAUGGAGGAAUGGGAGAAACGAGUUAUGCUAACAACUCAUUGCUUCAGAGAAAGGUGAUAUUGAUGACGAAGCCCAUAAUGGAGGCAGCCGUCACAGCUCUCUUCUCGACUGCCACCACCAACUUCCCAGCGAGCUUCGCCAUUGCGGACUUGGGCUGUUCCACUGGCCCCAACAGUCUCUUCGUUGUGUCUGAGAUCAUCAGCAUCAUGAUCGAUCUCUACAGUGCAAAGAAGCAUGAGCUGCCGGAGCUCCAAGUGUUCUUGAACGAUCUCCCGGGGAAUGACUUCAACACCAUCUUCAGCAACUUCUUGCCAAGAUUCCAAGAGAAGCUGAAGGAGCAAAUUAAGAGCAAGAAUGGAGCGUGGGCAACGUUGUCAUGCUUCUUCAGUGGCGUUCCUGGUUCGUUCUAUGGGAGAUUGUUCCCUCGGGAGAGCCUGCACUUGAUUCAUUCUUCAUACAGUCUCAUGUGGCUGUCUCAGGUCCCACAGGGCCUAGAGGGAAACAAAGGCAACAUAUACAUGGCGAGAUCGAGCCCACCGAAGGUGCUUACGGCAUACUACGAGCAAUUCCAGAGGGACUUCUCAACAUUUUUGGAGUGUCGUGGGCAAGAGUUAGUGGUGGGAGGGCGUAUGGUUUUGACCCUCCUGGGUCGAAGAAGCGACGAUCCUUCAAGCAAAGAGUGUUGCUACAUUUGGGAGCUCUUGGCUGCUGCUCUCAAUGAGAUGGUCUCCGAGGGACUCAUAGAAGAAGAUAAAUUGGACUCCUUCAACAUCCCUCAGUAUACACCCUCACCAAAAGAAGUACGAGAGGAGGUCCAAAAGCAAGAGUCAUUCUCAAUCGAUUGCUUGGAGGUGUCCGAAGUGAAUUGGAGUGUCGUUAACACGAAUUUCGACCCUAAUGUUGUGUUGGAGGAUAGGGGAUAUGAUAUGGCCAGGUGCAUGAGAGCUGUGGCUGAGCCCCUGCUCGUUGAUCACUUCGGUGAAGAGAUCAUAGAUGAGGUCUUCAAGAGAUACAAGGCUCAACUCGCUAAUGGCAUGUCCAAGGAAAAGACUGCAUUCGUCAACAUCGUCAUUUCAGUAAAGAAAAUCGCCUAGCUAAAAUGCAAAAAUUCCAGAAUGAGCACAUCACAUUUAUAUGCACGUUCAUGGUGAAGUUGAUAUAUGUAUGUCGCUAGUGUGUUUCCUAUGGUUUGAAGGUGUGGCAGUUUCACUUGUAUUACUUCUUAUGUCUUAUAUCUCGUGUUAAGAAAAUGCAAGAAACUUGCUGCAAGUUGAAGGGCUUGACAUUUGGGAUUUUGGUUUAAGGAUUUUUCUUUUGUAUA